AUGCCUGGCUGGAGACCGCUCCCGCGGAUCGCAUUCGCAAUAUGCACAUACCCAUUCCAGCCCUCGUCGCCCGCCGACCUGCCCCUCGAAGUUGGCGACGAACUGUACAUCAUUGAGCAGGGCGGCAAGGACGGCGCCUGGUUCCGCGGCUACCUCGUGGCGCCGCCCUCGCUGCUGGCCGGUCUGACCAGCGUCCAGGGCCAGACGCUCGAGGCGCGUGUCUUCUCGGGCAUCUUCCCAAGAUGUUGCGUCGAGGUGCGCGAGGUGCUGGGCGAGGGCAAGACUACUCCUACUCCCACCGCAGAUACCACUGAAGGGGCCGAGCAACGCAGCAAUGGCGGGCACAACCACGACACUAACGGUGUCAUCACGCCCACCGAGAGCACAGGUGCGACGCCGCCCUCUGCCAAAGCGUCUGCUUCGCAUCCCAGAAGAACCUCUAGACCCGAUGCCGUCUCUCUACUGCCCUCUUCCGCAGCCCGUCCGCUCUCGCGCCGCCGCUCGACCAAGAACCGCACUGGCAGCCACGGCUCCCAAUGGUCUGCGCGUGCCGACCACCUCCAGCAGCUUGCGCUGCCCCUCUCCCCCGUGUCUCCGACGUCGCAGGACCCCACUGCCCCUCGACCGCCUGCACCAGUGCCCAUGCUCAAGAUUGGUGAUGAGACGCCUACCUCGGCCCAAGAACCACUCGUCGACGAAAUAGCGUCGUGUCUGCGCGAAUGGCACUCGACCAAGCUACACGAGCUUCUGCUUGCACGCAAUUACGGCGCGUUGGACAAGAUGUCUGCUUUGGUGCAGCGAUUGGAUCAGGCUCGGCGGCAGCUGUUGCACAAGGUCUUGACACACAAAGAGCUGGACAGUGUGCGCGAGGCCACAGUAUGGGAUCUUGUGGCAGGCAACAAGAUGCUUUGUGGAGAUGUCAUAGUGCGCAGUCCAUCGCAGCGGGGACGCAUACUUACUGGGGAUGAUUCCGCCGUUGAGGUUACAAAAUUACAGUCCAUGAUGAGCUUGCUAGAUGGCCGACCGCUGCCGCACGUUGACGAGCACAACCUACACCACCUCUAUGUAAACUUAAAACGGGUUUUUGGCGACGUGGCGCACAAUGGCGCUCAGUUUAGCAUGCAUCUAUGUCACAAAGCGCCCGGCGCAGCACCCAUCCCACUUUCCGAGGCCUACUCGUUUGAUUUAACCACCCGAGAUGGAACGCCCGUACCCCUCUCUGGAGACAAGCUGAGGUCGCUGUUCGUCGAUUUGAGCUCAACCGACGUUGGCGAAGGCGCGGGCUCCGGAUCUAGUCUUUAUCUGGUCUUCAAACUCCUUACCAACGAACCAAUUCGCCCAGCUGUGUCUCCAAAGGACGGCCUGUCACGAGACGGCAACCCUACCAGCUCAAAUGGGAUACAGCCCUCGCAAUCCGGGAGUAUCAAGGGUGGACGGCGUAGUGUGAUGUUCGGUUCUAAACGCAAGGAAUCUGCGCACUCGAGCACCAGCUCUGUAGACAUUCGAACCACGUCGUCAGUAGACACUGUAACCAGUCGCAGUGAGAGCCGAGAUGGGCGACCCGGAUCUGCCGCCGUUACCAAACCUAGGUCAAACUCGAAGGACCAGAAAACGCUGAAGAGAGUUGUAGCCGUCGGCGUACACCGUGUGGAUCAACUUAUACGAUCGCAGUCGGAAGCCGAUCAGAAUAUCGAUUUGUGGUCUGUGCCUCAAGCUCUCGAUGAAGUGUCCGAUGAAGAUAUCGGUUGGGACGAUUUCUUGAGUGAAAUCUACCCCAGUCCUAACAGGAAGUACAAGAAGCAUUCUCCGGUUAAUCGUAUGACGGUGCACCUCAAAGCCUUCGCACAUUCCGAUGCGGAAGUCUUAACAGAAAAGACACCCACAUUACUCCACGGCAUCAAACCCUCCCGCAAGAUUGGGUUUUCUGGAGCUCCCACUAAAUCACGGAGCGACAUAUAUCUGACCCUGAGCGAAGCGUACCUCCCCAAAAAUGCCUUCCUUGCCCAUCCCAAAACCGGUACCGUACCCCUCCAGCCGACAUCGUCUCUGAACAACCUCCAGUUGACAAUUGAGGUUCGGAAAUCUUCGGGCGAGCGGAUCGAAGGUUGUAUCUACCCAUCGAGUAACAGCGCCGGACAUACAGCGUGGCGGACUACCGCAGUGGAGCGAGGCGAGAAGUGGAAUAUAACAGUACGAUUAGCCAUCAAACCUGAAGAAGUACCCGGAUCGCACAUCGUCAUGAGCAUAGCCGAUGCGCCCGGUUUCCCUUUCGCCCUAUGCUGGAUGCCAUUAUGGACCCAGGAUGCAUUUGCACGGGACGGUGAUCAUGCAUUGUCUCUAUAUCGUUAUGAUGAGUACACUUCGAGCAUGAUCGCUGGUAAAGGCGCCUAUCUUGGUCUGCCGUGGAGUACAAGGAAGAAGGAUGACCAAGUUAUGGGCCCUCUAGCAUCGCUACAUCUGAGGACGUAUCUCUGUAGUACGAAGUACUCUCAAGUCCCGGAUCUUCUAGGUCUUUUGAAAUGGCGAGACCAAGCCGGUGGAGAGCUUGUUGGCCUACUUCGACGAUUCCCAUUUGUCCCGGAAAUAGAGAUCGUCAAGCUACUCAACGAAGUCUUUGAAGCUCUGUUCGAGAUAUUAGUCGAGUAUGCCGGUAGCGACGAGUAUGAAGAUCUGGUUUUCAAUGCCCUGGUUAUCAUAUUAGGCAUAGUACACGAUCGACGGUUCAACCUGGCCCCUCUGGUUGAUCAGUACACCGAGACACAAUUCAAUUAUCCCUUCGCUACAGCAUGCCUGGUACGCAGUUAUACGCGCUUGUUGACAAGUCCAUCGGAUCCUGACUCCUCACGACGGUUACGUGCAACCUUCAAGGUUGGCAGGCACAUUCUCAAGUUUAUCAUGAACGCGCGGCAACAGCAAAAGGAAAAGGAGGCAGGCAUUGGAAUCACUACUCGUAACCCGACAUUCGCGAAAGACAUCCACGCAAUCUUCAAGUCAUUAGAGCUUCUCAUGGGCAAUCCCUCAGCUGUGCUUAUCGGAACGAAGACCAUCCUUGUUCAAAACUUCCACUUGUGGCUUCCUGAGCUCACAGCUUCAAUGAGUCCAAUGGAAAUCCUCAAACUCACAUCCAGCUUCGUCGAUUCAUGUGCCACACCAUCUGGGAAGCUUGUUCUAUAUAAGUUGCUAUUGAUCCACCACAUUGCUGGUCUAGAUAUCUUCAAAACACCGGAGACCAGAAAGGUGCUCCUCUCCAACGUUGCCAAAUGGCUUGCGCCGCACUGGGGUAAGGUAGAACAAGUCACCGACCAGUGGAAGGACCAGGUUCGGCUUUGCUGCUCGGUCGUUGCGUCACUGGUGGAAGAGCUUGGUCAAGACGCAUGCGAGUACAUUCCGAAGUUGGUGGAUUCCUAUAGGGCCAUCCAAGCCACACCACGGCCUACGAAAAAGGCUCUGUCGCUCCUGUUUCCAACUACGUAUCCAUUUCCCACGCGACCGACCAAAGCCCAGGCACCCUUUGACGAAGCUCUUAUCGAGAUAUCAGCUGUGCUUGCGGCCCUGUCAAGCCUCCCAAUUAACAUUGAUCUGGACUGGCCAAGAGGGGAACUUGCAGAUUUCCUGUUCUCCACUCUGCAGGUGUAUAUAUCCAUCCUGGACUGCGAAGCGUUCCCAAGCUCGUGGUUGAGUGUACAUAUCUUUCAUCACAAGGCCACUAUGCGAGCACUCGAAAAAUUAUCCGGCGUUCUGAUGGAGUCGUUCUUGCCGCAUCCUGACGAGGCAGACACCUUCAAUACUGAUCUUUGGCGUGCGUUCUUUGAUGCUUUGCUGAAGCUAGUCGGUAGCGAUGCAUUGGCGUUGGAGACGUUUCCCGAGCAGAAACGAAGGGCCGUGUGGAAGAUCGCCGGAGAUAUUCGUGAGCUCGGUGCAGACUUGCUUCAGCGCAGUUGGGAAGCAAUUGGAUGGGAGGCCAGCGCCGAAGACAAGAAACAGUACGGUUUGGAAAAGAUGGGCGGUUUUCAGGUGCAAUAUGUUCCAGGCCUAGUGGCACCAGUCGUCGAACUCUGUCUCAGUGUACACGAAGGCCUUCGCAGUGUCGCGAUUGAGGUGCUUCAGACCAUGAUCGUCAGUGAAUGGACUCUCAGCGAAGAUCUCUCGUUGAUUCAAGCUGAGAUGAUCGAUUGCUUGGACCGUCUCUUCAAAACAAGACCACUAACCGAAGUGGUUUUACAGAAGCACUUCAUCCAGGAACUUGUCGACCUCUUCGAACCCAUGGCCCAGUCAUCCGACGAGAAUCUUUAUACUGCAGUCAAGAACUUGAUCACGACCAUCGACGAACUCCUAGACCUCUUGGUUGCCGUUCACAGCACCGAAGCGACUGGUGAGGUCUUCCACAUCAUGGACACGCUGCACUUGAUGGAGUUCUUGAAGGAUAUGCAAAAGGAAGACAUGUACAUUCGCUACGUUCACCAACUCGUACAACUCCAGGUAGACGCGCAAAACUUCACUGAAGCGGGUCUCGCGUUACGGCUGCACGCUGAGCUCUAUGAGUGGGAUCCUGCAACGAUCAUCGAUCCAUUGGUCGAUCCUGCCAUGCUUGCGCAAAGCUCGUUCGAUCGCAAGGAGCAAUUGUACUUCCAGAUGAUCGAUCAUUACGAGAACGGCCAAUCGUGGGACAACGCGCUUGGCUCAUACAUGGAGUUAGCGACGCAGUAUGAACACAACGUUUUCGAUUUCGCAAAGUUGGCGAGGACGCAGCACGCCAUGGCAAAGAUCUACGAAAGCAUAGCCAAGGGUGAGCGAUCAAAUGCACGCUAUUUCCGUGUGGUGUACAAAGGGUUGGGUUUCCCCGUCAGUCUACGGGACAAGCAGUUCAUCUUCGAGGGAUCGCCAAACGAUCGCCUAGCCACUUUCACCGACCGUAUGCAACAGCAACAUCCAGCGGCCCAGAUUCUCACGGCUGGAAUGGAACAAGAUGUCGAGGGUCAAUAUUUACAGAUCUACCCGGUCAGUGCGCAAAAAGACAUGACGCACCCAGUCUAUCAACGAGCGAAAGUCGCGCAAUCAAUCAGGGAUUACUACCUGCUCUCACGGCCGUCGCAUUUCACUACUGCAUCUCGACGAACUGAAGGGCAUUCCAAGGAGGUAACCGUCGAGAAGAUAGUAUAUACCACUGCUGAAACCUUUCCCACGAUUCUGCGGAGAAGCGAGAUUGUUGCUGUCGGCACUGUCACGCUGACGCCGCUUCAAACAGCCAUUGAACGAACAACGCGGAAGACGGUAGAAUUGUCAUCUCUAGAAAAGAAGGUAUCUGGCGGCGAGGAGUUGCUCUUCACGGAAUUGACACGAGAGUUGAUGUUUGCCGUCGAUACGACCCAGGAAACCAGUGUGGCGAGGUAUCACGAACUGCUUCCGGAGCCACGACGUCCUUCAUUUGAGUCUGAAGAAGGGGAAGAAGAAGAGGAGGCAAAAGAACCAAACCUGCUGGAAAAUGCACUUAAGGUUGCUUUGAUUGACUAUGCCCUGGUCAUCCGGCGUUGUCUAGCCUUGUAUACGAGACCUGCUCAACAAGCGACCAGGGCAGACUUGAAUCAGCGUCUUGAAUUGGCGUUCCAAGACGAAUUAGCAAAUCUGAUGCCCGUCGCCGCACACGUGCAGGAACACAUACGGUCUCCCACAGGAUCUUGGCUGGCGUCGGCAACGGCUGCGUCGCGCGUGGCUAGCCCAUCACCCAACGCUACACCGACAGUGAACGGCACGCGAGUGACAUCUCCUAUUCCAGAUGCAAGACCAGCACGACAAGACAAAAAGCGAAUGAGCCUUUCCUUCUUCGGCAUAGGAGCCCCCCCAGGUGAGGAAGAUUCAAAGUCUUUAGAGAAGGACCACAAACUGGAAAAGGCUGCCGCGGAUGACAGCUUGGAUGCCGCGUCGACGAGCGCAUCGUCACGAAGUCGCAGCAAAGACCGAUCCAAGAACCGCAUGAGCCGAAGCCUCGUGUCGCCCGGUUCGCCAGUGCCCGAAGCGCUGCCACACUUUCCCAGCCAACCCGCGUCCAGUCAGAACAGCCUGGCCAAGGUCAGAAGUCGUGCCAGCAGUCGAGGCCAGAGUGUUGACGGCAGACCGCAAACUAGCAAAAGCAUAAAGAGUGAGAAGUCAGAGGGGCAUAGUAGGAGCAGUAGUGUGAAGAAGCGGUUGAGCAACUUCUAUCUCGGGAAGAAGAGCAGUAAGGCGAGCGUCAGAGGACGCGUCGAUGAUACCCUAGAGGAGGAGUAA